GAGGAGGAGCUGAGAAAGUGGGAGCCGCUGAGAGGGCGGGAUUAGAGAGGAGGCGGUCCUGGGGUGGAGUCUACGAAGCCGGGGCUAAGGAAGGAGGAGCUAAGGCAACGUCCGGGUUAGAGGAGGGGAAGCCUGAGGAGGAAGGAUAGAGGCGUGACUUAGAGAAGGGGUGGGACUGAGGGGGAGGGGAGGGCAGGUUUGGGGUUGAAAGGAAGAGUGGGAAAUAAGGGGGCAGAAUUCAAAGGAACUAGGAUAGGGGGCCUGAAAGGAGGAGUUUAGAUAAGAAGGAAGCCAUGGGGGGAGGAGAGAGAAGUGUGAGGGUGACAGAUAAAGGGGAUGGGAUGGAGGGAGGGGCUUAGAGGGCGGGAGAAAGGGAAGGGACGGAAGCUGGCCCUAGUGCGCAGGUGCAGGUGGAGGCUCCGCGCAGAAGAAGGCACGCCUCUUCUCUCCGGUUCCCUCAUCCUUCACUCUCCAUCCCCGGGAGCUCUACACUUUGCGCACGCGCAGUUUUUUCCGCUCUUCCUCCCCGCCCCUUCCCCUCUUCCCUCUUCCCCCCUUCCCCCCUCCCCAGCCUUCCCUCGGAUCUCCCAGUGCGCAGGCGGAGGCUGCUUGCACACGACCCUUCGCUCCGUUAGCAGUGCGCAGGCUCAAUCUCCUCCGCUCUUCGCCCUCCCUCCCCUCUCCACGCCAGCGACCUCCUCUUCUCCCCGCUUCCAGCCGGAGUCCUUACGUUGCUUCCGCUUCCGGUGGCCGGCCCGGCGAUCGACGCGGGAGGGGGCGGGGGCCGCGGGGCGGGGGGCGGCACUUCCGGUCGGGCCUUCGGGUCUCCCCGGAGCUGCGGCACCUCCUCCGCCCGCCCGCCCCCCGGUCUGCCCCCGGCCCCGGCCCAGGGAGAGCCCCCCCUCGCUGCCCCCCCGCAAUGGGAGAUAAGGGGAGAAGCUGAGAAGAGACUCGGGGAGGGCCUGAGCGGGGAAUGGAGCAGACUUGGGGUGAGACUGACAGGAGAGGACUGCUCUCCCCGCUGCCCGCGAUGGAGGCGAACCCCGGCGGCGGCGGGGGCGGGAGCGGCGUGGGGGGCGAGGACGGCGUCCACUUCCAGAGUUAUCCCUUUGACUUUCUGGAGUUCCUCAACCAUCAGCGUUUCGAACCCAUGGAGCUGUACGGUGAGCACGCCAAAGCCGUGGCGGCCCUGCCCUGCCCGCCGGGGCCGCCUCCCCAGGCCCCCCCCCAGCCCCCGCCCCCCCAGUACGACUACCCGCCACCGCCACCGGCCUUCAAGCCCAAAGCCGAGACGCCCUCCUCGUCGUCCUCCUCGUCCUCGUCCUCGUCCUCCUCGUCCUCGUCCUCGUCGUCGUCCUCCUCCUCCGCCUCCCAGGCCAAGAAGCCCGAGCCGGCUCUGCCCCCGGGCUUCGGGGCGCCCCCGCCCCCGCCCCCGCCCCUCUUCGAUGCUGCCUUUCCCGCCCCACAGUGGGGGAUCGUGGACCUCUCUGGGCACCAGCACCUUUUUGGGAACCUCAAGCGGCCCGGGACGGCGGGCGGGCCCGGGGCCGGGCCGGCCACGCCGGGGCCCCUGCCCAGCCCCAGCCCCGGGCCCCCGGGGGCUCCCGGAAGCGGGGAGCUGGGCGCGGGCGCCAAGGACGACAAGGGCUACUUCCGCCGGCUGAAGUACCUGAUGGAGCGGCGCUUCCCCUGCGGGGUCUGCCAGAAGUCCUUCAAGCAGUCCUCGCACCUGGUGCAGCACAUGCUGGUGCACUCCGGGGAGCGGCCCUACGAGUGCGGCGUCUGCGGGCGCACCUACAACCACGUCUCCAGCCUCAUCCGCCACCGCCGCUGCCACAAGGACGCGCCCCCGCUGCCCGGGGCCCCGCAGGCCCCGCCCCCGCCGCCGCUGCCCCCCCUGGCCCCCGCCUCCUCCGCCGGCGUGGACGGCGGGCCCCCGCCCCCCGGGGUGGCCCCUGGGGCCCCGGGCGCCGGCGGCGAGGGCCCUUUCACCUGCCCCCUGUGCUGGAAAGUCUUCAAGAAGCCCAGCCACCUCCACCAGCACCAGAUCAUCCACACGGGCGAGAAGCCCUUCUCCUGCACCGUGUGCAACAAGAGCUUUAACCGCCGCGAGAGCCUCAAGCGCCACGUGAAGACGCACUCGGCGGACCUGCUGCGGCUGCCCUGCGGCGUGUGCGGGAAGGCCUUCCGCGACGCCGCUUACCUCCUGAAACACCAGGCGGCCCACGCGGCCGCCGCCGGCGCCCCGGCGCCCCGGCCCGAGUAUCCCUGCGACCUGUGCGGCAAGUCCUACUCCGCCCCGCAAAGCCUGCUGCGCCACAAGGCGGCCCACAGCGCCGCCGCUGCCGCCGCCGCCGCCGCCGCCGCCGCCGCCACGGCCCCCGAGGUCCCCAAGGACGGAACGACCCCGGCCCCGCCCCCCACCUUCCCCCCCGGGCCCUAUCUCCUGCCCCCAGACCCGCCGGGCGACAGCGGAGAGAAGGCGGCCGCGGCGGCGGCCGCGGCCGCGGCCGUGGUCUACGGGGCCGUCUCGGUGCCGCUGCUGGGGGCCCACCCGCUGCUGCUGGGGGGCGCGGGAGGCCCCGCGGGAGGUGGGGGCGCGGGGGCCGUGGGGCCGGGGGCCCCCGCCCCGGGCAAGACCUUCUGCUGCGGGAUCUGCGGCCGGGGCUUCGGGCGCCGGGAGACGCUGAAGCGCCACGAGCGGAUCCACACGGGGGAGAAGCCCCACCAGUGUCCCGUGUGCGGGAAGCGCUUCCGCGAGUCCUUCCACCUGAGCAAGCACCACGUGGUGCACACGCGGGAGCGGCCCUACAAGUGCGAGCUGUGCGGCAAGGUCUUCGGCUACCCGCAGAGCCUCACGCGCCACCGCCAGGUGCACCGCCUGCAGCUGCCCUGCGCGCUGGCCGCCCCCGCCGGCCUGGCCCCGGCCGCCGGCCCCGGGGCCGGGCAGGCCUCGGCCGCCGCCGGCGCCGCCCCCCCCGAGGGCCUCAGCUACGCCUGUUCGGACUGCGGCGAGCACUUCCCCGACCUCUUCCACGUCAUGAGCCACAAGGAGGCGCACAUGGCCGAGAAGCCUUACGGCUGCGACGCCUGCGGCAAGGCUUUCGGCUUCAUCGAGAACCUCAUGUGGCACAAGCUGGUCCACCAGGCGGCCCCCGAGCGCCUCCUGCCGCCCCCGGCCCCCGACGGGCCCGGCCCCGACGCCCCGGCCGCCGGCCUGGACAACGGGCUGGCCGGGGAGGUGGGGGCGGCCGUGGCGGCCCUGGCCGCGGGGGAGGAGGCGGGCGCGGGAGUCGGGGCGGGGGCGGGGCCCGGCCCCGGGGGCCCCGAGCGCUUCAGCUGCGCCACCUGCGGCCAGAGCUUCAAGCACUUCCUGGGGCUGGUGACCCACAAGUACGUGCACCUGGUGCGGCGGACGCUGGGCUGCGGCCUGUGCGGCCAGAGCUUCGCCGGCGCCUACGACCUGCUCCUGCACCGCCGCAGCCACCGCCAGAAGCGCGGCUUCCGCUGCCCCGUGUGCGGCAAGCGCUUCUGGGAGGCGGCGCUGCUGAUGCGCCACCAGCGCUGCCACACGGAGCAGCGGCCCUACCGCUGCGGCGUCUGCGGCCGGGGCUUCCUGCGCUCCUGGUACCUGCGGCAGCACCGCGUGGUGCACACGGGCGAGCGCGCCUUCAAGUGCGCCGUGUGCGCCAAGCGCUUCGCCCAGUCCUCCAGUCUGGCCGAGCACCGCCGCCUGCACGCCGUGGCCCGGCCCCAGCGCUGCGGCGCCUGCGGCAAGACCUUCCGCUACCGCUCCAACCUGCUGGAGCACCAGCGGCUGCACCUGGGCGAGCGGGCCUACCGCUGCGAGCACUGCGGCAAGGCCUUCUUCUACCUGAGCUCGGUGCUGCGGCACCAGCGGGCCCACGAGCCCGCGCGGCCCGAGCUGCGCUGCCCGGCCUGCCUCAAGGUCUUCAAGGACCCCGGUUACUUCCGCAAGCACCUGGCCGCCCACCAGGGCGGCCGGCCCUUCCGCUGCGCGGCCUGCGGGGAGGGCUUCUCCAACACGUAUGGCCUUAAGAAGCACCGUCUGAUCCACAAGGCUGAGAGGCUGGGAGCCGCCGCCGCCGCCGGGGCCAAGGAGUCCUGAGGGGGUCGGCCCCCCGGCUCCCCCGCUUCUGGGCGUCCUGACCAGCUCGGAGGGGCCUUUCCACCUGCCGACCCCCGACCCUUCUCCCCAAGCCUGGUAGGGGGGCUUCACUCCAUAGGGAUCUGGCCACUCCCAGCGUGAGGGAUGGACUUAAUCCUUCACCUCUCUCCCCCUCCCCCACAUCCUGGGAACUCUAGGACCCCCCUAACACCAGACUCCCUUUCCAUCUGCCCCUUUGUAAUACCACCCCCCCAAUGCCCGAACCUGUAGGAAAUGAGGCUCGUUCCCACCCACCCUGCUCACCACCACCGCCAUCUUGGAUCUGGCUGGAAUCGGGGAGGGGGAGGUGGGUCGGGAGAGACGCGGGGUAGGGGGGCUGAUUGCCGUUUGGAUGUGUGGGGAGGGUGCGGGGUGGGGGUGGGGGGGAGACGCAGUUUGUACAGACAAAGUCGGGAAUAAAUAUUAUCCUUGUGGCACGACUCCAUCCUUUGCCCUCCCUACGAGACCCAGGGCACUCGGGGGAGGGCUCAGUGACCUGAGAACUUCCUGUCUUUCCAAUCCCAAGAUGCCCCUUUUCUCUUAGUUUUCUCCCCGCACUUCCAGCCUUAAGAACAAGCCCGAGAAGGGUCCCCUGAUUCCACGCUCCUCUCCCCCUCCCCUCCCGACCCCCCCACCCCAGUCUCCCAGCUGGAGCCAGAAGCAGCAUCCCGAGGCAGAGUUCCGCCCAGCCCGCCGACCUCCACGGGUCGCUCUCCGCUCUUGUCUUGCCAGCAUCUGGGGGAACUGGCGAUAGGGAGAACUCGCCUCGAGCCCCGCCCGACCCUGACGGGACCCAGCUCUGGCCCUACCUCCCUCGUGACUUUGGGAAAGCCCUCGGCGCUGUGGAAGUCCCUCAGACCCGGCCUCUCGUCUCUUAUCCGGCCCCUUCGUCAGCCCCUCACGGGGCUCCUUUUCCUCAUUCUCCUUCAGUCUUCCAAGUCAAGUCUUCCAAAAGCUCAGCUCCGACUGUUCCUCCACCGCUCUAGGAGCUCGAGUGGCUUCCUGAUGCCUCCGGGAUAAAGCCCAGAGCCCUCUUUGCCUUUGAAAGCGCUUUACGCUCGAUCUCCCUCGGCUUCCACUCGAGUCGUCGACUCGCCCGUCCACCGUGGGCUCCUCGCCCGCUCCGUCCCGUCGCCCACCUGUCUGCCUUGCGCCGGCCAUCCGUCGCGCCGGGGAUGCCCUGUCCCGUACCAGGCCGACCUCUCCCGAUGGGUUUGCCGAUCAGUGCUUCCGAUUCACUUUGUCCUUACUUUGCACUUGACUUGUGUUUCUGUACGAUUCCUCCACCCCCUCCAUCUCCCGCCCCUGAGAGACCCCCCCCCCAGACACCCCCCCAUCUGAGGGCGGACUUUCCCGUUCUGUGCUUCCUGGUCCGGAGAUGCUUCCCGGGAUCCCGCAGCUGGGCUCCAGCUCUCCGCUCGGGGCCAGUGGGAAGAGUCGCUCUCUCCCUGGGCGACCUUGGGCAAAGCAUCGCCUUCACCUUUGGGAGCCCUCAUGCCUUCCUCUGAAAAAGGACGGGACUGGUCGGGAAGGCCUCGAGUUUUGGCUCCCUCGGCCAUUCGACGCCUCUUUCUGCCUGGCCCUGGGGCAGAACCAGCAACGAAGGCUGGGAGCCGCAACGAGGCGACCUCGGCUUGAUGACCCCCCGGUGCCGACUGCCUUCUCUCUUUGGGGAGCUCUCGCUGCUGACCACUCGGAAGCCAGGGUUGAUGGCAGGUUUUUUGCCCCACGUGGAGCGGGCCAACUGGUCCCGAGCCAGAGAGCCUGUGGCCCGACGGCUACGAGAGAUGGUUUUUAAUGAUAACGUCUACCCUUGAAUCCCAUGCUCGGUCACCGCUCGUACCAGCUCUCAAGCCCGAGGGGUUGCCGCCUCCGGCCUUCUCCAUUAGCAGACCUCCGGCCGCUGUCCCACAGCUGUCCCGAAGGGGUCCGUUAGGCAAUCUUGCCUUGGCCUUCGACGUUGCCGGCAGCCUUUGCUUCUCCCUAAUUAGCUCAGAAUCUCUUCCCUCUUCGAGGCCCCACCUCCAGCGGAGGCUCUCCUUGUAAUCUGUGAAAAGAGAGCCUGAAGUCUUCCUCAUUUCACGCCCCACAGCCUUCUCUGCGCCGUUCCCCGUUGCCUUCUUUGCCGAAGUCUCUGGAAGAGGAGCCCACUUUGCCUUCAUCUCGUUCCCUCCUUCUUCCUCUUGAGAAUUUUUCCUCCUUCAAUACUUCUUUCAGUGUCUUUUACCCAUUGGCUUCUUCCUUGCUGCCUCCAAAGAUGGCCUCACUUUUCCCACCCUGGGGGGGGAAAGGAGACCCAAACCUUCCCCUGACGUGGCCGCCUCCUCGAGCUCCCGGUCCGAGUCUGUCCCGGUGGGAAAAGGCUUCCUCUGGGCUGAAGGAGCAGGGCGUCGGACCGAUGCUCCCAAGGUCCUUUCUCUCUUGUGCUUAUCAUGGCCCAAAGCCUAGGAAGGCCUUCGUACUUACCGCUUAACGACUAUGCAAGAAACCGUGAGCGCUAGAAACAGGAGGACACGAGGGGAACGCUUGGGACUUCCCCUGUCCCAGACUCGGUGUGGACGCCAGGAGAGCAUUCGUAGCGGGUGCUCGAUGGGGGGCCGCUCGGGAGCGCGUACGUACGUGUGCGGUGGCGUCCGGCUCGGCGACCUCAGCGUGUCGGCCGGAGAGAAAUCCUGGCGCGCUGGGCCAUUUCCUUCUCAGAUCCCGUGUGUGUGUGAGUACCUGUGUCCUCCUGCACCCGUGACGCGCGCAAGGAGAGAGGCCCCAGUCGUGGGAGGGGGAGGUCAGGAAGGGACUCGGCUGCAUCGGAGCUGAGGCUGUGCGGGCCGUGCAGGGUCCUGAGAUCCGAGUUCCGGUCUCCAUCUCAGUCUCUCCAUUUGCCAAACGAAGGGAUUAGGCCCCCGAGGGCCUUCCGGAUCCAGAUGGGGGGUUCUAGGCAGCGUGAAUCCCCAGGAGGUCCCAGGCGGGUUGUGCGUGUGACAGCGAGGCCUCCGAUGUGGCUGGGCCACGGGCCUUUGAAUGGGAGACGGGAGUAGCCUCAGGGCCACGCCUGAGCAAUCUUGGGACAGGCUGCCUGUGGGACGUGGCGGUUGGGCUGAGCCUUGAAGGAUUAAGGGGACAGAGGAGGGAGAAGACUCCAGGCACGGGGAUCAGCGAGGAGGCCGGAGGUCAGAGAGUGUGGAAGGCAAUGGACCAAAUAGGGGAUUUUAUGUUGGCUCCUACAAGUGGCAGGUACUUCCGCUGCGGGGACGCACGUGUGUGCACAGCAGGGAGCACGUCCGUGGCGGAGGAUGGAGGAGAGGGACGGAGGAGGGCAGUUAUCAGAAGGUACUGCAGUGGUCCGGGGGGCAGGGGGACAGAGCUCGGACUAGGGUGGUGGUUGACCACACGAGAAGGCCAAGAGUGCGCUUCCCUUUCCAUGACGACUUCCAGCAUCUCUCUUUACUUCGUGGCUCGUUACUGCUCUUCCUUUGAUACUCAUUCUCUCCAAAUCCAUCACCCAGUCCAGAUCCCGAAGGCCCUCACGUCCUGAUCUCCCCUUGGAUAAUUUCCCUUCUUUCUCAACAAAGCAAUCUCCCUUCCCACUCCACCCCUUGCCCUUAUACUAGGAAAGCUCAGCAUGCUUAUCAAUGUUCCCCCAAAUACCUGCCCUCCCAGGUCCUCAAUUUGCUCACCUCCCACCUCCUAAUUCCCCCUCAGCUGCACACAGGGUGGGCACCGUUACCACCCUUAGUCUUCCGCUUCUGUGAUGAAGGACUUGUUAUUUUCUCUAAUCCCUCUCCUGUCCUUCCAUCCCUCCCUACGCCCUGAUUCUCCCGUCCGCUUUUUAUGCUCCUGAGCUCAGAUCUCCGGAGCCCCCGCCACGUUACGAGGCUCUCUUCCCACUCUUGACUCCUCGGUGAAUCAGUUCGACCGCACCGUCCGCUCUGGACCCUCUGCUUUCCCUACCUUAUUGCCCACCACACCUCGCCAAGCCCCAGCUCCGACUUAUUCCCGCCAUUUGCCGCCUCCUCGCAUUGCUCCUGACGUGACUUCCUCUGGCUUCUGUGAGCGUCACACGCUGAAUGGGUCCACCACACGUUUUGCUCCUAAUUUCAGUUGUGCCUUCACAGUGCAGAGCAAUUCUUUUCAUCUCCCCUAGUUGCUUCCUCAUCCCCUUCCCCGUUGGCCGUCCCAAGCCCGUACGUCCCUCAGACUUGCACAGAACUGCUGUCCCUUCGCUGUCAGCUGAGAACCUCGCUUUGUAAUUUACUAGGGAAAAACGCGAUCAUUUAGUGGGAUCUUCCUCCCUCCCCUCUCUCCUCAUCUUAUACCGUCGGCUGUUCCCUUCUCUUGUCUCCGAGGAGGAGAUGCUCCUCAACAAGGUUAACCCUUCACACGUAUCCUUGAUUACAUCGCUUGCUGUCUUCUCUCAAAUUGAGCCGCUAUCACCCCCAAUCCCCAAUCCAUCUCCUACUGCCUACAAACAUGCCAAAGUCUUCCCUGAGAAAAUCCCCAGUAUUCACUAUCACGAUCCUAAAUCUCCUCCCCUUCCUCCUAUCCUUCACAAGGGAAAAGUCCGCCCUUGCCAUCUCUCCAUCUCUCUCUCGCUCUCCCUUCUAAACCCACUACGCUUUGGCUUGAAGCCUUAGCACCCAUGGAAACGGCUCCUCCCCAAUCGCCAAGCAUCUGAUUGCCAAAUCUAAUGACCUUUCCCCCAGCCCUCAUCCUUUUUGACCUCCCUGGAGCCGCUGAGGCGGAGCAGUCUGCUCCCAGACACACUCAUCUCAUUUCUCCAGCCACUUUGACUGCUUCCUCACUAAAUAGACCCGAGCUCCCCUCCUCGUUCCACUUUGUCACCUGCUUCCCAACUUUCUCAGGAUGAAUGUCUCUGGACUUACCUAGGUGCAGUCUGGGAAAAUAGACACUUUGGCCACUACGAGGCAACUCAGAGUCUUUCUAUCUGGAUAGAAUCUACAAGAAGUUUUGCUAUCCCAGAGAAAAAAAAUCUGAGCUCACCUCAACGCUAAAAUGAAGCAUAAGGGGAGAACUUUAGGGAAGGGUUCAUCUUGAACACUUUGAGCAAUAGGGAGGGAAUCAGGGUUAAGUGACUAGCUCAGGGUCACACAGCUACUAACUGUCUGAGGUCCUAUUUGAACUUGGCUCCUCUUGACUCCACAGUUGAUUCUCUAACCACUUCACCACCUAGCUGCUCCCUGAACAUAUUUUAGAAUACUUUAAAAUAGUCCAUAUUUAUAAGUCACUCAAUCCUCAAUUUUUUUUCUUGCAGGACGGAAGAAGUGAUGUGGGAGAUUUUUAUUUGUGAAAUGAGGGGUUUGGACCGUAUCUUUCAUCUCUAAAUCCUAUAAGCCAUGAGUAGCGCGAUGGAGAACCGGGGUGUGGGAUGUCAUGGCUCUGACAGAUGUACUAAUUUUGUUGAGUAGUUUUGCUUAACUGUUUUGCAAAUGAAACUUUUUUUAAAUUAAAAGGAUGGUUGGGGUUUGGUGGACUGACUCUAAGUUCCCUAUCAACUCCAAAUCUUGACUCUUUGUGUUCUUAAAGGAA